CUUGACUCAUGUGAAAAACAUCCAUAUGGGUCCGGAUCCGAUGUGGGAAAUAAGAAAUCUGUGCUGCUAGCUGUGCAGCUGUCGUCACGGCCGAAGAAGACGCACCGUCGCCGGCUACAGGUGAACCAGAACAGUCCGGUACAACAGUUUGCUGAGGUGGAGGUCGAGGAUGGCCGCAGACGUGGAUAAAACAAUCCCCAAGGAAAGGAGCCAAAACUCGGCGCGGGAUGGGCAGCAGAGUCCGGGCUCUGGAUCCUGGAUCUCCAAGGUUCUGUGGACUCUGCUCAUAGUCGGUGCUGUCCCGGUGUUCGCCUUUGGAUUCAAGUAUUACCAAGACACCCAGCUGCUCAAACGUCAUGAAGAGAGUGUCCAGACGCUGGGCGCCGAGGGGCUUUUCCUCUUCUCCUCCUUAGACACCAAUCAUGACCUCUAUCUCAGUCCGGAGGAGUUCAAGCCGAUCGCAGAGAAACUCACAGGGAUUACACCCCCAGCGGAUUAUGAGGAGGAAGUGAUCCAUGACCCCAAUGGAGAGACUUUGACCCUGGAGGCAAAAAUGCAGCCGCUGCUGCUCGACUCCAUGACGAAAAGCAAGGACGGUUUUCUCGGGGUGUCUCACAGCUCUCUGAGCGGGCUGCGCUCGUGGCAGAGCCCGGCAGUGCCUUCUUCUUCCUUCUCCGCCGGCCAGUUCAGAGUUUUCCUUCCCCCGAAGAACAAAGUCGAGGUCGGAGACACCUGGUGGGUGAUUCCCAGCGAGCUCAACAUCUUCACGGGUUACCUGCCCAACAACCGCUACCACCCUCCCUCACCCAAAGGCAAAGAGGUUCUCAUCCACACCUUGUUGAGUAUGUUCCACCCUCGGCCCUUCAUCAAGUCGCGCUUCGCUCCUCAGGGCGCCGUCGCCUGUAUCCGCGCCAGCAACGACUUUUAUUAUGACAUCGUCUUCAGGAUCCACGCUGAGUUUCAGCUCAACGACGUCCCGGACUUUCCCUUCUGGUUCACCCCGGGCCAGUUCACCGGACACGUCGUUCUGUCCAAAGACGCCUCUCACGUCCGCCACUUCCACCUCUACGUCCCCAGUGACAGGUCUCUGAAUGUGGACAUGGAGUGGCUGUACGGGGCCAGUGAGAGCAGCAACAUGGAGGUGGACAUUGGAUACCUGCCUCAGUUAGAGCUGCAGUCCACAGGCCCGUCCACUCCCUCGGUCAUCGUGGACGAGGAAGGCAACAUCAUCGACAGCAGAGACGGCGGCAUGGAGCCCAUCCAGUUCGUCUUCGAGGACAUCCACUGGGCCGCGGAGAUCAGCCGGCAAGAAGCCGCUCGACGCCUGGACGUCGCCCUCUACCCCUUCAAGAAGGUGUCCUACCUGCCGUUUUCAGAGGCGUUCGAGCGGGCCGAGGCGGAGAAGAAACUGGUGCAUUCCAUUCUGCUUUGGGGAGCGUUAGACGACCAGUCCUGCUGAGGUUCGGGGCGAACUCUCCGGGAGACAGUCCUGGAAAGUUCGCCCGUCCUGGCCUUGCUCAACCAGAGCUUCAUAAGCAGCUGGUCUCUGGUCAGAGAGCUGGAGAGCAUGCAGGCUGAUGAGCAGAACGGAGCGCUGAGCGAGAAGGCCAAAUUACACCUGGAGAAUUACAACUUCCCCGUCGAGAUGAUGGUGGCACUGCCGAAUGGAACUAUUGUUCACCACAUCAACGCCAACUUCUUCCUGGACCAGACGGCCAUGAAACCAGAGGAGGAGGGAGACACUUUUAGCUUUUCCGGCGGCUUCGAGGACCCCUCCACCUCCACUUACAUCAGCUUCCUCAAGGAGGGGCUGGAGAGAGCCAAGGAGUACCUGGCACAGUAAUUUGUGUGGGAUAUGAUCCGAGAUAAGGAAAAGUAUGUGGGGGAAGCUUUCUGAUCAGUGUUGGCAGCUGGGGAAAAAAAAACUAAAUUUUUGCCUUCUAUUGUCUUUGUUACUAUUUAUUUGGGCGUCUCUCAUGAUCAGAAUCUUUUCUACACAGUAUGUGUAAUGUAUUAAAGUUACUGUCUGAGUCAGUAAGAAGCAAAAAAGCAAACACAUUUAGAUCUGCUGAAUAAUGUUUGACAAUGUAGGCACUGCAGGCGUUAAGACAAAUCCCAAGUGCAUAAAAGCACAUUGAAAACAUCCACAUUCCCGUUUUAUUAUCUGGUGUUGCAUGUGCAAUAUUUAAUAACAGUGUGUUUUUUUGAUGCUGUCGACUGUACCCAGAAAGCGAGCAGGUUGUUGCCUCCAGUUGUGUUUCUGCAGUUUGUGAAGACUUGUCCUGAAAGCUCUCGUCUGGGCCGGGCCGAGUCUGAUGUUCCUGCAGAGGCUGCUGGAGGACACGCCCUCUUCUGACUCAGAGAACAACAGCAGCAAACAAAACAAAACAAAAAAACCCUGUUGAGAGGACUGUGGCACAUUAGAGAAAGUAUUUGUUUUAUUUUGUCGAACCAGAUGUUGAAUAUUUUUGCAGAUUUUUUUUUCUGUUUAGUGGAAUCAUCUCACCACGCCAAAGAACGUUGUGUGUUAUGUUUGCAGUAGCUGGCGUGCAGCUCGCACGGCCAAUAGGAUGCUUACCACUUGGUUUUAUUUAUUUAACUCGAUGGAACCAAAAGGGUUUAUGUUGCAAAUGUUUUCAAACUGCUUUAGGCAGUGUGUAUUUUUUUUAUUAUCAUCUUCCAGUAAAAACGAUGCAUUCUCUUGUGUUUUUAGUAAAACGAUUAAAAUCUGGAUCCAGCAGUAGUAAAAGUCUUCACAUCAAUCCUGUUAUUUUACAGUUUUCUGUCAAACGAAAGGACAUGUGAGGUCUCCAGGUUGUCGUCUCUGUUCUUAGUGUUGACUAGAAGCACACGAGCAUCAGAGACAUAUUUUAAAAUAGUUGACGGCGAAAGGUGUGGAAGUCCUGAGAGGUCAGAGUGAGAAGAAAUCUGAAGGCAAAAAGGCCUUAAAAAAAUAACUUUCCAAAAAAAGGUCCUAAAAAUAAGAUAUCUAACAUACAAGUUUUCUACCUAUCUCACUUUUAAACAAAAAGGGAACAUAGGAAAAUAACAGACUUUCCAAAUGUAAUUCAGUGGACUUCUCUUUAAGGCAGGAUCCAAAGAAAGUACUGGAGCACACAACUCACUUCAGGCAAAUUUAUUUAGGUGCAAAGGAUUAACGUUUCUAUGCAGUGCGUCUUCCUCAGAGGGUUUUAACUUUGAGGAAGACGCAGUGCCUUCAGUGAUCGGUGUGCUCCAGUACUUUCUUUGGAUCCUGCCUGAGAGAAGGAGUCUCGUGUUCUUCUGAGAGCACCGAGCUCCAUUUGUGGAUCUACUAAAGUGCAAGAGUUACCUUAGGCUUCGACUGUGGUAGAAAAAUAAUACUCAAAAGAAUAACACUUACACUGUUAUCACAAAACCAAGGAGUAUGAUCCUGCCUGAAAAAUCCAUUUGAAACAUGUUUCCCUUUAUGAAAAACACCUGAAGAACUGAGCUGACUAGAUUUGAUUAUUUGGCCUUUUUCUUUUAACAAAAACUCAAAACUUAACUUGUAGAGAUGAUCCCGGCAGAAGCUGUUUCUGCAUCUUUUCUUCUGACGUGUUUUAAGCCAAUUAAGAGACAAUAAUAAAACUCACACGUAAGAAGACUGAUAACCAGAUGUUUGUUCUUCUCACCUGCCUCUCUGGGCGUCUGCAGAAACUCGAUUAAUGACAGAUGUGAAUGUGACUUCAUGAUUGGUGUACAGUCACUGUGUGUGGAUUAUCAAACUGUUUGGAUCCUUUAGGGGAAUAAACACUUAUUCUGUAACCUGAGUGCCAUUUCUACCACAAAGUUGAAAUAAACAUUGUUGUUUUUUUU